AUGGCUGCCCUUUCCAAUGCCCAAUCCGACUUUGAGGCAACUGGUCUCAAGGUUCUCACCAACAAGGAUCACGGCGACAAGUCACAGGUCGACAAGGCAUUCCUCGGCAUGUGCAUGAUCUCCGUCGCUGGUCCCAAUGCGGUCGCCUUCGCCCACAAUGUUGGUGUAAACCGAACUACAAACCAACAUCAUCACCCCAUCCGUAUUGCUGUCCAUCGGGAGUCUAUCAACCCCACCUUAGUCUCCAAGACAUGGCCCAACGGCAAGAGCGACAACCCACCCACUCUCAAGAUCCUUCAAGGUGGCAAGGUGGAGCUCCUCGACGGCAACCAUCGUGUUGAGGCCGCCAAGCUUCACUCCCAGAUGAUGGUCGAGCUCAUCACCUUGAAGAAGCUGGAGCUCAGGAGCUCCGAAGUCAAGCACAUCACAGGACCAGAGGACCUCAAAGCUCUGGAGCACGAGGUGGAGGUGUUGACCAAUGCCCUUGCCGGCACGUACUGGUGGGUGGCGGAGGUGUACGAUCUGGACGCGCCAAAGGACAUUCUCCUGAAGCUGUCCGAGAAUGCCACCGGUCCCGUCCUGCCCCAGACCCCUUCUGAACAACUCUGGGCUGCUGCACGCCAAGUUGCUAACCACAUCAAUAACCCUGCGAAUGGCAUCAGCGAGGAGGACCGACGCACUCUCCCACCCAAGGUGCUGCAGGAAGCUCUCGGCAAUGUCACUGUCAAGAACAACCGCAAGAACCUCCUGAUGAGCAAGCCGGCAACCUGGGCAGUUGUUCAACUCGCUGUCGAGUUUUCCUACUUUCACAAGGAGGACGUCAUGCCGACCACAAAGUGGAUCGAAGAGAACUCAAAGGGCGGCCACUUCGGUCACGGCAUUGGCUUUCUUCGGAUGCAAAUGCUGCACGAUGGGUUCAGAAAGCUGGCGCUCAUCGCCUCCUACGACAAAUGGACUGCACCGGGUGUCACAGCCACCACCAAGGCCUACAACAAGGCCGUCACGGAGCAAUGGGCACAAGUCAAAGAAAGGCUUGCCAAAGACAAGGAUGUCGACUUGCUGGUGCUGGAGCCUUUCAAGAAGGACGACAAGAAGGACAAGUCCUGGACCUCUGCUACCACCGCAUACGAGCAGCUCGUGGAGAGGUUCACCAAGAACGGGGUUUGCCACGAGGUGUGGCCGCCUGAGCUACUCGAGAAGCUCGACGGUGUCUUCGUCAAACACCUCCAGCACUGCACGCACGAGUUUGGGCAGCUUGAGUCUGUGGAGUGGUCUCGUGGUCUCAGCAAGUAUUGGCCCGACGUGCUCGUGAUGUGCAAGUCGUACUGGGAGGCCCUCAUCGAGCAAGCUGACACUGACAAGCUCUCCGACAAUGCCAAGGGUGCACUUUCUUAUGCCUAUGACAAGUUGGUGUGGGUGUCGACCCUGUCGCAAAAUGGGUCAACCUUUGUGCUGCCUUUGCUCAGCAAGUCAGCACUCUCAGCGAUGAACACGAUGCUGCUCAAUAUCCAGAGCGGUGUGAACUGGCUCACCCUUAUGAUGGAUCCUGUUGCUCCCUUGUCCUCUCGUCUCGAUGGCACCCCCGACGUUUGGGACCUCUCGUCGGUUCUCAACAAGGACCUGCAGGCGGCCUCCUUCCUUCCAUCCUCUCGUCUGUUCUUGAUCCAUUUCUGGAACUCUGUCCUGUCCGAGUCUAGGUCCCUCAAGUUUAUCGGCAAGAAGUUCGAGCAGCAUCUCACUCCAGUCCAUUACAACAUCCUGUCCUCCCACCUCAAGGCCCUCAUGCAACAUUGGGACCACAUUGUAGGUCCCCUCAAUGUUGGCGAGCAGCUCAGCAAGUCCAACGAUGCCAAGGUCGCUGCCCCCCACGCUGAGGAAGACCACGAGCACGUCAAUUUGGGCUCUUCAAGCAAAGGGAAGGGCAAGGGCAAACACGUCUCGGUCAAGCCCAAUUGCAAACUGGCACACGUCAAGUUGCCUGACAACCAUGACUGGGCCAACAUCCUGUACACCGGAUAUCAUGCUGUCUGUCGCUCCAUCUCCGACGUCAAUGGCAGGAGCUGCCACUCCCAAAUGGAGUCCCUGGGUCCUCACGCGCGGCUCGAGCAGGGCGUGUACUUCCAUCCGAAAACCUUGGAAGACCUGCCCAUCCUCCGACGCCUUGAGAUGUGCUCCUGGUCCUAUCACGUUCUCACCGGAUCGAGUCGCAACAUGAAGCAACGCGCCGGAGCGCUGGUCAUGUUCAUCGCACUCUUCGAUGUGGUGUUCCAGGAGGCUGUCGCGCCUGUGCUGGUGGAACACCUCGCAGUCAUCUCACUGAAACGGAUCGUCAACUUCCUCCGUGUCCACACAACGCCACGCCCUUUCGUCGCUCCUCCUGGUCUCAAAGAGCUCCCGAAUGCCAAUGGCGACGUUGUGUACUACAUCCCUUGGUUCUGGCCCACGCUGUCACAGGCCACUCGUGCGGCGCGUGUCCGCCUGGAGCCAACCAUAGAGUCUCAAAAUGAAGGCCCGGACCUCUGCAAGUUCUUGACCCAGCACCUCAAGCACAUGCACAAGACCCUCAUGAAGUCCCCGCUCCUGGCCUCUGAGCUCGAGGUGAACCCCAAGGACAGCAAGUACCGCACUAAGGACGGCUUCCUGGACCAUGUCGUCAUCCAGAAGUUCAAGGAGCUCAUGAUGGCCAUGGUGGUCAACGCUUCUCGCAUCGCCGCGCGUGCAGAGGGGAUUGAGGGUGAUUGGGUUUACCCGUUCAAGCGAAACGACUCGUUGCACCCCCUGCCCGACCUCCAUGUCGACGAGAACAUGCUUGUGACCGACAGGGACGCGUUCGAAAGCCUCCAGCAGUACAGGGAGACCGCUCCAGACCGCCAUGACCUCGAGCCUCUCGAGCAGAUCUUCAACGAGAUCAACAACGCUAUCAUGCGGCCCAAGAAUUCUGUGACUCCCUACGAUGUCAUGCGUCUCAUCGGACCCGUUCAGAUUCGGACCGGGGAUGCGUUGGAACUCGCUGAGAAGAUCCAGGAAGACUCCAUGGAUGUCAACACCCUUGACGACAAGAGGCGUGGUCAGUGGACGAUCAAUAAUCUGGACCAUGACCAAAAUUCAUCCGACGAUUCCAACUAUGAGUAUCCAUAUGCCCUCACCUUUUCAGGCGAGCGUUUGCCUGACCAGGAUCCGGAGCUCCCCUCUUCCCCCUCAUCCUGCUCCCGUAACUCCCAAUCAUUAGAGUCUGGUGGAGAAGACACCAACUGGGAUGCCACUCCUAUCAGUAACAACUUGGGGUCAGUAGAGAAGGUGCAGGAGAAGCAAUACUCGAAGGCAGAGCGCAAGCGACCUCGAUGCAAGUUGUUUUAA